ACGGGCCCGCCCGGACCGCUGCCAAUUUCACUUACGCUGCAUGACAUAACGUGGCCCCUCCACCAUCAACGCCAAACACCAGGGCAUGCGCUGAGACUACCCCACGUCACGAUCGCCUCAACUCUCGCCAUUAUGCCGUCCCUUCUUCUGGUGGUCUUCAUUCUCCAGUUCGCUCUGCAUCUGAUCAACACUGUUGGCGCCAGCACCAUCGAUGAGCUCCUAUGGUUGGUUUACAACAAAUUACCCACACCAACAUCCAGCAACGCGCGACGAUGUCAAGCCCUUAAGGAGGAGGUUGUACGGCUGAAGCGUGAGCUUGGAAACACAUCGGCCCAAGACAACUUCGGUAAAUGGGCAAAGCUUGACCGCCAGCACAACAAGGCCAUGGCCGAGUUCCAGAAGCUGGACGGCUCUCUCCGCACCCACCAAGCGACCUUUAACUCCGCCGUCAAGACCCUGCGCUGGCUCGGUACGCAAGGCCUUCGUUUCGUUCUGCAAUUUUGGUUUGCCAAGUCACCCAUGUUCUGGUUGCCAACAGGAUGGGUGCCACACUAUGUGGAAUGGAUUUUGAGCUUUCCUCGCGCACCUCUAGGUAGCAUCAGCAUCCAGGUGUGGACUGCCGCCUGCGCAGCCGCCAUUGCGUUGGCAUCUGAGGCAGUCGCGGCCAUGUGGGUGCUCGUGACUAGGAAGCCUACACCAACAGCAAAGCAAGACAGGGAGCCUAUGGCCUUCCGGACAGAUCAGAAGCCCGUGUCAGCCACUGGUGAGAAGGAGCUCUAGCUAGCAGGCAGACAGCACCACGCCACGGCGCGAUCAUCACAGCACA